AUGCGUCUAACCUCAACACUCAUUUAUUUAUUGGGCUUUGCCCUAUGUGUCUUUGCCGCUGCUGCUCCAGAAGUUGAGGACUCCCCAAAGAAAGCGAAGUAUGUGGCUAAGUUUGAUAAGAAAGUUAAAGGUUUUAUUAAGUUUAAAUCUACACCAGAGGGUGAAGUUAAAGUCAAUGUGAAGUUGCACGAUUUACCUAAAGAAGGUGGACCAUUCCUUUACCACGUUCAUGAGAAACCAGUUCCUUCUAAUGGUAGCUGUGAUGCUACUUUGGGACACUUGAACCCAUACAAUGGGAGUCUAAAUGCGACGAAACCUGCGUAUAAAGAAGUUGGUGAUUUGUCAGGGAAGCACGGUAAGAUUACCAGUAGUCCUUUCGACACCUCUUACGUCGAUCCCUACCUUUCUUUGAACAUGAGUGAUCCUGCUUUUAUUGGUAACCGCUCUAUUGUUAUUCACUAUGCCAACAAUACCAGAUUUGCUUGCAGCAAUAUUACUCGUAAUUAA